GUGGAGGGAUUGGCAGAGAGGGGGUGGAGGACACUGAAUGGAGGCCAGUGGAGGGAUUGGCAGAGAGAACGGUGGCGGACACUGAGUGGAGGCCAGUGGAGGGAUUGGCAGAGAGGGGUGGAGGACACUGAGUGGAGGCCAGUGGAGGGAUUGGCAGAGAGGGGUGGAGGACACUGAAUGGAGGCCAGUGGAGGGAUUGGCAGAGAGGGGUGGAGGACACUGAAUGGAGGCCAGUGGAGGGAUUGGCAGAGAGGGGUGGCAGAUACAGAACGGUUGCCUGCGGUGAGGCUGGCCAGUGAGGAGGGAGUUACAAUAGUUGAGG